UCUAAAAUUCGUUGUUUGACCUCGAUGCCUCCCACUUUCAGUUUUUAACUUUUCAUUUCUCUCAUUCUCACACUCCAAGCUUGCUCGUUCCAUCACCAGUCGCUACAGCCAGAUGCAUCGCCGCCAUUGCCAUCACCAUGCUCUAGCCAUUGCUGUUUGCUACGGUCACCAAACUAAGUCCUCCAUCCGCCAUUUGCAGAGUUCUUCCUUUUUCCUCUUCCAUUGUUGGGGUUGUUCCAAGUGGGUUUUUGAGUUCCAUUUUUUUCAUCCAUGGAUCCCAACUAUUUGUAAGCCCAAGUCUUUGAAGUCCAAUGUUCAAGUUGCUACUGCUCUCACCAUUCCUCUUUGCUACGUACGUGGAGUCUUGCAUAAAGAUGUGCCAGAUGUUUCAAAGAGUGCCACGCAUAAGAGGAAGUAUUCAGCCUAUGUUGAUGGGUUUGAGGAGUCUCUUCAGCCUACAAAAAUGGUAAAAAAAAGCAUGUCCUGCCCGUUCUGUUGUUGUUCUCCCAUGCAGUUUUUAUUUUUAGACGCUUCAAUUGCAGUCGUAAAGCGAAGUUAGAUCCAUCGUCCAUUUUGGAAAAUGGUGUCAU